AUGAGUGGAGCUCCUACUGAUUUUUUAAAAAAUCAUCCAAUCAGUGAUGCAAAUAAAACACUCCAGGAACGAAUGGACUCCUUAAAUUCUGUUCUCUUAAAUUUCCUUUGCUAUGAUGUUAGGUUUGUAUGGAAAGUUCAUUCUUUAAGUAUUCAAGGAAUAAUGCCAGUUACAAUGCAAUCAUUGCAACUCGAUCUUUACUGA